CUUUCCUUUUAACCUCUUUCUAUAUCCUCUCGUCCUCUGAGCUUUGAAUAAGCUCACCUCAGAUAUUUAUUUUUCUCUUUUCCAUUAAUACCUAUCUAUUGCUCCCAAUAAUUCACGCAUAAAAAAGAAUAUGGACUCGGAGGGCGAGAUUUCUGUCCAAUUGAACAGCCCGUCCAGUGCCACCGACGGCUUUUCCGACGGAGAUAUUCGGCGAACGGCGACGUCCUCUGCAGUCCAACAAACCCUUUUUCUUAUUCAUUCCGAUGACCCCACUUUGAAAAUACAGGCGGCCAAGGAGAUCCGUCGUCUAACCAAGACUUCUCAGCGUUACCGACGUCAUUUUUCUAACGCCGUUAAACCCCUAGUCGAUAUGCUACGUUCUGAAUCUUUUGAAUCCAAAGAAGCUGCUCUUCUUGCACUCCUUAAUCUCGCUGUAAAAGACGAAGGAAACAAGAUAAAUAUCAUAGAUGCUGGUGCUCUGGAACCCAUCAUUGGCUUUCUUCAAUCAGAGAAUGCAACUCUCCAGGAUCAUGCUACUGCCUCUUUGCUCACAUUAUCUGCUUCUCCUGCCACUAAACCCAUAAUUAGUGCUUCUGGUGUCUUCCCUCUGCUAGUGGAAAUCAUAAGGCAAGGUAGUACACAAGCCAAAGCCGAUGCCGUGAUGGCUCUUUCCAACCUGUCAACUUAUCAAGACAAUCUAUUAUUGAUUAUGCGGACACAACCAAUUCCUUCUACAGUUUCUCUGCUUAAAUCCUGUAAAAAGUCUUCAAAAACUACUGAAAGAUGCACUGCUCUUAUAGAAUCUUUGAUGUGUUAUGAAGAGGGUAGGAAUUCAUUGAUAUCUGAGGAUGGGGGAGUACUUGCAGUGGUGGAAGUGCUUGAAAGUGGAUCAGCUCAAAGCCGAGAACAUGCUGUAGGAGCUCUCCUGACAAUGUGUCAGAGUGACCGCUCUAAAUACCGAGAACCAAUUCUCAGAGAAGGUGUCAUUCCUGGUCUCCUAGAGCUGACUGUUCAAGGAACAGCCAAGUCUCGGACUAAAGCACAAACACUUUUGAGGUUGCUGAGAGACACUCCUUACCCGAGGUCUGAGCUUGAGCCCGACACAUUAGAGAACAUUGUAUCCAAUCUCAUAUCUCAGAUAGAUUGUGAGGAGCAAUCAGGAAAAGCAAAGGAGAUGCUCGCUGAGAUGGUACAAGUUAGCAUGGAACAAAGUUUGAGACAUUUACAACAAAGGGCGCUGGUAUGCACUCCAGCCGAUCUGUCUGUUCCUAGUUGUGUCUCCAAAAUUACUUCAAAAUGAUAGAUUUUUCCUUUGUUUGUUUCUUCCUGUAUCCCUUUUCCUCUUGAAACAGGGGCUUGUGUGAGAUUGGUUCUCUGUAUUUGGAAAAGUUGGAUAGAUACUGAAAAUUGGCAGUCCGGGCUCUUAGAUAGGUGCCAGGUGACUGUUUAGCGGUCAAUAAUUUGGAAAAUUAUAUAAGUUCUUAGAAGUAUAGUUUAUGAACUUGGCCUUUGUAACAUAAAUUACAACCAUGCAGUUUAUACAGCUAGUUGGAGUUCCCUUCUUCUUGAACCAUGGUUUUCAUGAUUGUAAUUAUGUGCAACCACAAUUGUGUACAGGAAGUUCCAGCAUUUUACUCUUCUAUAUGUGAA